AUGACUUUGAAUCUUGUUUAUUUUGAGCUCGAUGACAUCUAUCCUUACAUUUAUUGGACCGGAAAUAGGAACCCAGUAGACGACAUUCACUCUGCUAGACCUGAUGUAAAAGACUGUCGAGUUGAUGUUCUGAAAGGGCUAAUCAAUGAAGACUAUGAUUGGAGUACACAUGUAUGGAAAGUAGUUAAACGAGUGGAAACGUCCACACAUGAGGAAGAAGAGGAGGCGGAUGUGGAGAUGGAAAAUGAAGAUGGUGAGGAGACAAAUUCCAUACAUUCAGGUUCUACUAGAGGUAAAAAGAGGGCUGUUGAUCAUGGAUUCGAGAAACAGAAGCAUAAACUGCUUUUUGAGCGCUCAAACCCACCACAACUUACUGUGAAUGAUGAUGACUUGAAGAAAUUCCUUCAAAGUGUGAUUGAAGCAUUUGUCACUGCAUUAGGGGAGAAGCUGGAGCAGAAAUUUGAAUCGAGGCUUGAUGCUUUGGAGUGUGAAAUUAGACAACAACUCACGAAUGAUAUCAACCCUGCCCAAGGUAAAACAGAAGCUGCGACAUCCUCAGAACCGCCCAAGGUAAACACUCAGCCACCAAAAACCGAUAGAAGCGGAAUAAAGGCGGAGAAUCUUUUUGACUUCAAUUUUAGUCAAAGUUCAGAUACCAAGAUGAACAUGAAGACUCAAGAGUAUUUGAGUAAUGUAGGAAAAGGAUUAUCACAAGAGUCCAACGUUACUGAUUUUGACACAACACCUCUUUCAAAGGCCCAAAAACCAAUUCCUUGGUGGACUCCUUCUACUUCCUUUCAAACAAGCAGAGUUGAAAUUCCUAAACAUACCGGUUCUUUUGGUGAGAACUGGGGAACAAAACGUGGAAUAGAGGUAAAAUUGACGGAUGAUCCAUCAGACCCGGAUAAAUUUGCUGAUUCCCCAUUGAUAUUUGUAUCUGACAAGAUCUGGAACCAAUUCAGCGAAUGGUCUAUGAAACCUAUGAUAUGGAUUCAGUUAUGUUCUUGUGGCGCGAGAGCAAACAACUUUGCGUCGUUGGAAACCAGAUCGUGCACCUUUCAUGACAUGUAUGUUCUGCUUGCGACUCAACACAUCAUACUCGAAAUUUGA